AUGACCUACCUUCAAUGCUAUGCCAUACAUCGUGAGGACGCUCCGCACCAUCACGUUGCAUAACGCCAACCAUCGAAAGUGCCCCUUCCCCCGGAUGCGGAGCGUACACCCGUUUAUAAAGACAGGUGCCGCCGGGUCGCUGGACAUUACGCCGUCUUAGACCGCAUACAACCGCGCCCGACAUGUGUGCAUCAGGGGUAAUGAGGUCGGUGGUGUUGGCCGCCAUCGUGGCGUGCGCGGUCGCUCGGCCGGAGCCGCCGUCGUCCUACGGGCCCCCGGCGGCGUCGUACGGGGCGCCGGCGCCGCAGUACGGCCCGCCGCAGCCGAUAGUGCACAAACACGUGUACGUGCACGUCCCGCCGCCGGACAACGAGCUGCCGCGCCCGCAGAAGCAGAUAUACGUUCCGCCGCCGCAGAAGCACUACAAGAUCGUGUUCAUCAAGGCGCCGACCCCGCCGACGCCGACCGCGCCCAUCAUCCCAGUCCAGCCGCAGAACGAGGAGAAGACCCUCGUGUACGUCCUGGUGAAGAAGCCCGAGGACCAGCCCGACAUCGUCAUCCCCACGCCCGCGCCCACGCAGCCUUCCAAACCGGAGGUCUACUUCAUCCGGUACAAGACCCAGAAACAAGAAGGAUACCCAGCAGCCGCCCCCGCACCACAGUACGGACCCCCGGCUUCUGCUCCUUCCUCGGAAUAUGGCGCCCCCUAAACACCACUAUACCAAAGGAGACGUAUCUCGUUAGCAUCUCAUGCAUGUGUAUUGGUCAAAAAUUCUGCAUCAUAAGACUAUUUCGAUUAAAAUAUGAACUAGUUUUAUGGAGCAGAAUUGUUAAAGUUGUUAAAUUUGUUGUUUCGGAAGUGUAAAACUGACGUGCGUUUGUA